AGGUUGCUGCGGCUGUGAAUGGGUCUGUCGUCUGGGCUGUGUUGACUCGCUCUUCUCUGGAUGCGUUGGACUAGCUGGUGGACAGCUGAGAGCUUCUAGCUGUCAGCAGAGCCCUGUUGUUUGUACCUGGCACCUUUAUCUGCUGACAUCUGUCAACAUUUUUUUUUGGAUGGAGCAGUCGUGAUCCUGCUAACGAUUUCUUGUGCUGAUUCACUCUUAAACAACAAAGACUGGAGACUUGAUCCUGGUCAAUGUAUAUAGCUAUUACCUCUACUCCACCAGAAAUGAAUGCCAACAGUAUGCCUAAACAAGUGGAGGUGAGGAUGCACGAGAGUCACCUGGAGCCCAUUGAGGCCAGGCCUCAGUCCAGAUGUGCCAAAAUCUGCUCCAAGCUGUUUAAGAACCUUCUUCUUACACUCACCGUCCUCGGUGUGAUCUUGGGAGCUGUAUCAGGGAUGUUACUCCGUGUUGCCGCCCCAAUCCACCCAGAUAUUGUCAUGGUGAUUGCUUUUCCUGGAGAUAUCCUGAUGAGGAUGCUGAAGAUGUUGAUCCUGCCACUUAUCAUCUCCAGUUUAAUCACAGGUCUAGCCGGUUUGGACGCCAAAUCUAGCGGUCGCCUGGGCACCAGAGCUAUGGUCUACUACAUGACCACCACUGUUAUUGCUGCUAUCCUGGGAGUCAUCCUGGUGUUAGUAAUCCACCCUGGCAACCCCAAACUGAAGGAGAAUCUGGGCGAGGGCCAGAAAAAUGAUGAUGUGUCCAGCUUGGAUGCCUUCUUUGAUCUGAUCAGGAACCUGUUCCCAGAGAACCUGGUGCAGGCUUGUUUCCAACAGAUCCAGACGGUCACAAAGAAGGUGGAGGUGGUUAUUGAGGAGGAUGUCAAUGCCACCACCAUGGAGGGACUGGUGGCGAACAUCACCAAGGAGCCUCAGUUCAUCGUCAAAAAGUCCCUGCAGUUCAAAAGUGGCAUGAAUGUUCUGGGUCUGAUUGGUUUCUUUAUUGCAUUUGGCAUCUGCAUGGGCAAGAUGGGAGAGAAGGCCAGACUCAUGAUUGAAUUCUUCAACAUCCUCAAUGAGAUUGUGAUGAAACUUGUCAUCAUGAUCAUGUGGUAUUCUCCCUUUGGUAUUGCCUGCCUGAUCUGUGGUAAGAUCAUUUCCAUCAAGGAUCUGGAGGUGGUGGCCAGGCAGUUGGGCAUGUACAUGGUGACUGUAAUUAUUGGCCUCAUCAUCCACGGAGCAAUCUUCCUGCCCAGCAUCUACUUUGUUAUCGUCAGGAAAAACCCCUUCACCUUCUUCCUGGGCAUCUUCCAGGCCUGGAUCACUGCCCUGGGGACAGCCUCCAGUGCUGGUACUCUGCCUGUCACCUUCCGUUGUCUGGAGGAAAACCUGGGUAUUGACAAAAGAGUCACUCGUUUCGUGCUGCCAGUCGGUGCCACCAUCAACAUGGAUGGAACUGCUCUGUAUGAGGCUGUGGCUGCCAUCUUCAUUGCCCAGAUGAACGGUAUCCACCUUGACCCAGGCCAGAUUGUCACCGUCAGUUUGACAGCCACACUGGCCAGUGUUGGAGCAGCCAGUAUUCCCAGUGCCGGCUUGGUGACUAUGCUGUUGAUCCUGACUGCUGUAGGCCUGCCAACCCAAGAUAUCAGUCUGCUGGUUGCUGUUGACUGGCUGCUGGAUCGAUUCAGGACCUCAGUGAACGUGGUGGGUGACUCCUACGGUGCAGGCAUCGUGUACCACAUGUCCAAGGCAGAGCUUGAAGAGCUGGACGCGCACACGGCUAAAUCCGACGACAUCGAAAUGAUGACGAAGACCCCGUCUUAUUAUGACGACAUGAAGAACCACCACGAAAACAAUUCCAACCAGUGCGUCUUAACCGCCACCGCUACCACCACCGCUACCGCCACUGCUAACAAUUCUGUCGUAGUAGAUGAAUGCAAGGUAACCUCAGCCACUAACGGCUCUGCUGCGGAGUGCACGCUUGUUGAGGAGGAACCAUGGAAACAUGAAUAAUGGCAGCACAGAGAUCCCCUGCUCCUGGGCUCCACAAGCUUUCCUACCUGGUGAUAAAAAAGAGUGAAUGAAAAAAAGUCACAUGAACAGAACUACUAAUUGUUUUUUUUUUGUUUUUUUAAGGUAGUUUAGUUUUCUUUUCUUUUCUUUUUUUAUUAGUCCCUUUAAAAAAUUUUGUAACUGUAUAUCUGACUGAUAUGUAAUACUAAUUCACUUAACCGUGAAAUGAUAACAGAGGUAUACUUUACCUGGUAGAGCAAAAUUAUGAACUAUAUAGCAGAUACUUGCACAACAUACUUCAAGGCUUGGGGAGGGAAGGAAGAGAAAAAAAAAGUUAGAUAAGCUAUUCUUAGCAAUACAUCCUGGUUGUACAUCAUAAGAUGAGAGAAGAAGUGGCUGUAUAACAUGGGAUGAGAUCAUCUUCCGAGUUUCAUACAGGUGAUUCAUUAUUCUAAUACCGCAGGAUGAUAGGGAGUUAGAGCAUUAAUCAUGGCAACCAGCGUAAUGUUUGUACCGAGCUUCUUCGCUUUACAUCCCUGUCAGUACCAUCACAUAUGUGCAGAGAGCCACUGCUUUUCAAUUUAAGCUCAGUCUCUCAUCUUUAACUGUCAGAGCCUCUGAAGUGCAUCUGACCACAUCUGCUUUUGCCCAAUGUUACCCACUGCCCCUGAGGUCUGAGGUCAAACUGAUGAGAGGGUAGGAGGCAGGGAGAAUAAUAACAAACAGGAAAAUCACGCUGAGCCUCAUAAACCUACAAGCACAGUCACAGUGGAAUUAUAAAGCACAAAUCAUAUGGAGCCCAUUUUCUAUCCCCCUUUUGUUUUCCUUUAUUUUGUCUACUGUAAAAAGGGGACUGUUUUUAUUUUUUUUUGAAUCACCUGCUGAGUGAGUUAUAAACCUUUUUGUGUGUGUGUGUGUGUGUGUGUGUGUGUGUGUGUCUGUGUGUGUGUAUGUGUGUCUGUGUGUGUGAGAGAGAGAGAAAGAGAGAGAGAGAGCUGGGGUUAUGAACAUGACCAAGUCAAUUAUAGGGACCAAACAGGCAGAAAAUCAAUCAACUCACAGAGGCCUUUGAACUGCCUCCAUGACGCAAAACAUUUUUCAGUUUUCUUACAUCACUGUCCAUUUAUAAGUGGCUGGCACAGCAGCUGAUAUUUUCUUUUUUUUUUCCAAUGAAGCCUCAAAACUUAAAGCUAAGAAAAUCACUGCCCUAAAUAUGAAACUUUAUACGGUACUUUUACAAAAAUGCCAGUGAAAUUAAAGCUAAAUUUGCGUCAAUGUGGUUAUUACGAGAACAAAUAAUACUAAAUAAUUGACAUAUCUGAAUAAAAGUUAGCACAAAAAAUGAGGUUAUAUAGAGCACAAACAAAGUGACAGAGCACAAUAAAGCCAAAAUGAGGAUAAUUAUGAGUCAGUGGCAUAAUCAAAGUCAUGCACAUUAUUGUUCCAUGUCGACACUGAUCGUAUUCCAAGUUUUAAAAGAAAAAACACUAAGGGAGAGCAAAAGAUACUCAGGCUUGUAUGUUUACUCUUUUACAGGGAAAAAUGUUGUAAUCCUAAAAUGUUUACUUGCUCACUAUUGAGCGUUUCACCUCACAAAAGCAGCCUCUUAACAGCACAUCUUUGGAAAGUUUUGACUACUGCAAAAGGACUUUGUUGAAAGACAAUAAUUUUAUAAUGUGAUAAUAUGACAGGAAGGGGAGUUUCCCAGCACGUACAGUAAGCACACACACAUAUUUAAGACUACAUUCCGUGGCUGAAUGAUCCUCAACCCGUGUACUGUCUGAAAGCGGAGACAAACUUAUUAUUGAACACUGACAGAAGGUGAACCAUCAGAAAAAUGUUUAAAAAAAAAAAAAAAAAAGACUAGAAAGAAACUGAGGGAGAAGCAGCGCAGCACUCGGCUGUCAGAUGGAUCCUUGGCUUGCACAAACAGAGACAGAUCAUUGAUAUAACACUCUACAGGGAGGCUCGCCAGCUUCUUGUUUAGCCAGACCUAAAAAGGUAAACAACAAUAUAUUUCAGACACCAGAGCUCACGACUGUUUCUACAAACCCUAGAUGCUGCAGCUGUGUGUCCAUAUUGGUGAGAAGUCGUUUAAGGAAACGCAGAACAAAAGGGUGGACACAUACAGUAACACACAUAAUGCCAGAAUGUUGCCAGCUAUCAGGUAAUAAAAAUGUAUUCCUCUCAUACAACCAAAUGGCUUGAAAAAAAAAAAAGAUGUGCAAACACAGAAACAAAGCAGGACAACUGGCUGUUAAUCUGUUUUUUUCUUCUUUUUUUUUUUUAGCCUGUGUGAGUGAGAGGUGAGACUUCUGUGAUGUGGGUGUGGAUUUGAGUUCUUUAUCAGUGUCUAUCGGGGUCCUUCUCUCCUGUCUUGUUUCUUUUCAUUUGUGCUUAAUGACAACCUUGCCUUGAAGAUGUUCACUUCAAACAACACAUGCUACUUAAAGUAACACUAGGAAACUUAACGAAACACGUAGUGCAGCACUCUGUCCUUAUAGUUCCUGAGACGCACUCUCAGAAGACGUCUUUCACUUUGCUUUUUUUAAGCUUGGCUGAUAGAAGUGCGCUUUGAUACAACAUAGUGCGCACUUGGUGUUCUGCUGUACACUCUGCACAGACUGAUCUAUACCAUACACACAAAAACAAGCAUGCACAUACACUCACGCACACAAAUUCACUAUUUUUUUUUUGUUUUGUAUUUUUGUUUCGCUUUUCUCAAUUGCACACAUAUAUACACGCGCGCAAACACGCUAAAACCUGGAAGGUCACUACAUUUAUAAUUGUAAUCAGUGAGCUGCAGAGCACAGCACUGACACCCUAACAGGGCCUUUGGGCUUGAUCUUUUGACCUUGUGAUCUUCAGGAAAAAUAAAAAAAAAACAAAAACAAAAAACUCUCCGGUAAAAGGAGACGAUGCAGACCAUACUGUCACCGGUGGGGAUUGAGUGUUGGACCGCUAUUAUGUUCAAACUCACGGUUUUAGAAGCAUGAAUAAAAUAAAAUUAUAAUUAUUUUUUGCACCACUAUCUUAAAAGCAUGAUAUUUUGAAGUGCCUCCUUGCACUUUGUGUAUAUAUUGUAGGUAACAGAUGUUUUUUUUUUUUUUUUGGGGGGGGGGUGGGGGCGUUGAAAUGAUAUGUAGGAAUAUAGUUUCAUUGCUGUGACAUUUUUAAUGUAAUCCUCUAGAAAAAAAAUAUCAUCUAUGUCCUGAGUAAAUUUAGAUUAGACAAAAUGUAUAGAGAGGAAAUCGUGUAAUAAAUUGCUUGUUUUUUUAUUCUCUAAUAGCUGUUAACUAGUUGUUUUACUUACCUGUCACACACCAAUAUAUAAAUAUCUUUUUUUUUUUGUAUCUAAUGUAAGCGUUUUGAAUGUUUGUUCCAUGAAGAUAUAAGCAGUGUGCAUUCAUUUUCAUUUUCAUUGUACAUAAAUAAAUAUAUAAAUGUUCUGUUCGGUGGCAAUGCAGAAUUUUCCGGAAAUUACAGUGCAGAAGCAAACAACUGUUUGCACGACAAAUAGAAAAAGAGAUGAGAGUGAGAAUGAGAGAUAGAAAGAAAGAGAGCGAGGGGAAGUUUCUGCUUUGACAAAGGGGGGCCAACAUGAGUUAUUAGGGUGGGAAUUACUGUGAUAAAGGCUGCUGGAAAGAGAGACAAGUAAAGGAACAAGAUCCAAUUUGCCCUGGAUGUAGAAUAGAGUGAGAAAAUCAAACACAACUUAGUAGUUGAUUUGAGUGAAAGAACAAACAUCAGAUGUAUUCAGAUUCCUGUUACAGUAUAGAGCAACAUUCCUCAGGUGACUCAUCUGAAACCAUUUUGUCUUUUCAGUGGAGAAAACUGUCUUUUUAGCCUCAGGCAUCGUUGUUUACCUGGUGCAUGUGCAUUUAAAAUUGCAAGACAUAGAUAUCUAGUUCUUUUAGAGUCUGUGUUAGUCUGUCUACAUGCCACAUCCUCACACAUUUUGCCUAAUGAGACUCUGUCGUACCAUCAACAUCAAGGAGGUAGAUAGAAAUCCCACCCGGUAAAAACUGCCUUUACUCCACUUGCCUUUUGUUUGCAUUCUACACAGAAACUAUAUGCACGCACAAACACCUGGAACUUCCUGAGCUAAAUGAUACGGAUUACACGGAUAUUGAUUGACACGGUAUUUCAACGAAGAGCCAGUAUAUCUUCAAGCUUGUCCUUUUCUACUGAAAUGUGUCUUUUUGAGGAAACUCCUAAAUAGAGCUUAUAACCUGUCUCACUCCUGCCUACAACGUGCUUUCCUGAUCUUACUUUUCUAGGCCUUCCCUCUUUGAAAAGUUGUUGUAAUUCUGAUGUAAAGGCAGAGCGUAUGUGUGGGGGAGAUACACUAUUAAGAAAAAAAAAAGACAAAAAAUAUACAUGAAUUCUUUCCUCGGUCUAUGGUAUACAUAAAAAAUCUGUUUCUACAUAUCAAGUGUUGUACCUUUGGUGUACAUAUACAAAUAUAACUAAUAAAUGUUGAUUCAUAACUAAA